AUGUCUUCCACCACCGCCGAGGAUCAGAAGCCCGUUGUCAACGGCGCUGCAGAUGCUUCUGCAUCCACUGACAACACCGCCACCGAGCAGCAGGCUGCUGAUGGCGUCGCCAAGACCGAGACGGCUGCCCCUGCUGCCAACGGCAAGUCGAGCGAUGCACCGGCUGCAUCCUCCACGCAAGCCAGCGGCGGCUCUGCCCCCGCUCCCUCGAGCAGUAGCAGUGCUCAGCAGCAGGCUUCGGGAAACACGACCUCGCUCUACGUGGGUGAGCUCGACUCGAACAUUACCGAGGCCAUGCUGUUCGAAAUCUUCAACAUGAUCGGGCCCGUUGCCAGCAUCCGCGUCUGCCGUGACGCGGUGACGCGCCGCUCGCUCGGCUACGCCUACGUCAACUUCAUUAGCGCCAGCGAUGGCGAGAAGGCUCUGGAGCAGCUCAACUACUCCCUCAUCCGUGGCCGCCCUUGCCGCAUCAUGUUCUCCCAGCGUGACCCAGCGCUGCGCAGGACAGGACAGGGCAACAUCUUCAUCAAGAACCUCGACGAGGCCAUCGACAACAAGGCACUCCACGACACCUUUGCCGCCUUUGGCAAGAUUCUCUCGUGCAAGGUCGCCAUCGGCGAGAACGGCUCCCUCGGAUACGGUUUUGUCCACUACGAGACCGCCGAGGCCGCCGAUGCUGCCAUUCAGCACGUCAAUGGCAUGCUGCUGAAUGACAAGAAGGUCUACGUCGGCCAUCACAUGCCCAAGAAGGAGCGGUUGGCCAAGAUCGAAGAGGCCAGGUCUCGCUUCACCAAUGUCUACGUCAAGAACGUCGAGCUGACAGUGACGCAGGAGCAGUUUGAGGAGCUCUUCAAAAAGUAUGGCGAGAUCACGUCAAUCAUCCUGGCUCAUGACGACGAUGGAAAGAGCAAAGGCUUCGGGUUUGUCAACUACGUCGAUCACGAUGCUGCGCAGAAGGCCGUCGACGAGCUCAACGACUCGGACUUCAACGGCCAGAAGCUCUUCGUUGCGCGUGCGCAGAAGAAAGGUGAGCGUGAGCAGGAGCUGCGCCGCUCGUACGAGGCAGCCAAGAACGAGAGGCUGUCGCAGUACCAAGGUACGAACCUCUACCUCAAGAACAUUCCCGAGGAGUUUGACGAUGAGCGUCUGCGCGAGGAGUUUGCACCGUUUGGCACUAUCACCAGCGCCAAGGUUAUGCGCUCAUCCAACGGCGUCUCGCGCGGCUUUGGCUUCGUGUGCUACUCUGCCCCCGACGAGGCCAACAAGGCAGUCACCGAGAUGAACGGCAAGAUGUUGGACAACAAGCCGCUGUACGUCGCGCUCGCGCAGCGCAAGGAUGUCCGCCGCCAGCAGCUUGAGGCACAGAUGAUGCAGCGCAACCAGCUCCGUCUGCAGCAGCAGGCGACGCAGGGCAUGGCCUACGGCACUACACCGGGCAUGUACUACACUCAGCCCUUCCCCGGCCAGCCCGGCCCCGGAGGCAUGCCCGGUCGCCCGCGCUACGCCCCUGCCGGUAUGAUGCCGCAGGGCAUGCCCAUGGCCGGCCCCUAUGGUCAGCCCGCGCCUGGCCAGUUCCCCGGCGCCGUCAUGCCGCAGGGCUACGGCCGCCCACCGCGCCCCCCCCGCGGUGCCGCUGGUCCCAGCGGCGCCCCGCCCGGCGCGCGCCCCGUCAACGGCGCUGCUGGCGCUGGUGCGCGUCCGCCCAUGCCCGGCCAGCUGCCGCGCCCUGGCGGUCCUGGCGCUCGCCCCGCUGGCCGCGCAGCAGGUGCUGCGUCGGGCGCUGCUGGUGCAUCUGCCCCUGCCACAGGCCCCGCGGUGCUCAACCCCGCUGCACUCGCCAGCGCUGGGCCUGAGGAGCAGAAGCAGAUCCUCGGAGAGGCGAUCUACCCCCAGAUUCAGGCUACGCAGGGAGACCUUGCUGGCAAACUUACGGGUAUGAUCCUCGAGCUUCCCGUCAGCGAGCUUCUGCACCUACUGGAGGACAAGGCUGCGCUCGACAGCAAGGUCGAUGAGGCGCUCCACGUCCUGCGCGAGUUCGAGCAGUCCGAGACGGCCCCCGCUGCCGCAGAGCCCACCGCUGCUUGA